CCUGCAUAUACACAACUAAUAACAUACAUGCGCAUCCUCUAAUGAGCUUCUGUUCUAGAGACCUGUGCGCCAUAAAGCUGCACGGGGCGCAAAACUCCAGCCUGAAGGAGAUGGUCGUGGCCUCCGUGUACAUGCCGGAAGCGGAUGACCCACCACCACACGACCUGACAAGGCUAGUCAAUUACUGUGAAGAGGAGGGGCUAGAGCUCAUCGUGGCAACCGACUCUAACGCACACCACCCCCUAUGGGGCAUGACAACAGGUAAUGAAAGAGACAGCCCCCUCUGCAGAGCGUGCACGGAGGCAGAGGAAACAGCCGCUCACGUCAUUCUCGAAUGUCCAGGGGUGGCAGAAUACCGGGCACAACACCUCGGGUCGCCGGGGUGUCUCCCAGAAGUCGUCGGCAACAUAAAGGGUCUGCUAGGCUUUCUGGUAGAGCUGGGUUGGCAGGAAUAGUGCCGCAACCCAUCACGCAAAAUAGGCGCAAAUUAUGACGUCGAGUUGCGGAAACCGAGCCCGCGUAUACCUAUAACCUAUAACCUAUA